AGCACAACAGUGAGGCUGGCGGCGUUUGCUAGGCAGCUGUUCCCUGGAACUAUGCUUGGCCUCCGAUCAAGCCUGACGACGCGGUGCUUCCCCACGCUGAGGCUGCCCCGACGGCCGCCGCGGCCACCUGUACUCCGGCUGUUAACUGUGCAGUCGGGGGUGGGUGCCCUGGGGCGGGCCAUGGACGAGCUGCUUCACCGCGCGGUACCCGCGACGCCGUCCUACGAGCUGCGCGAGAAGACCCCGGCGCCGGCGGAGGGCCAGUGCGCGGACUUUGUGAGAUUCUACGGCGGCCUGGCCGACGCGGCCGAACGCGCCGAGCUGCUGGGCCGCCUGGCGCAGGGCUUCGGCGUGGACCACGGCCAGGUGGCAGAGCAAAGCGCCGGCGUGCUCCAACUGCGCCAGCAACCGCGGGAGGCGGCGGUGUUGCUGCAGGCCGAGGACCGGCUGCGCUACGCCCUGGUGCCGCGCUACCGCGGUCUCUUCCACCAAAUCAGCAAGCUGGACGGCGGCGUACGCUUCCUGGUGCAGCUGCGGGCCGACCUGCUCGAGGCGCAGGCCCUCAAGCUGGUGGAGGGGCCGCACGUCCGGGAAAUGAAUGGAGUGCUGAAAGGCAUGCUGUCAGAAUGGUUUUCUUCAGGGUUCCUAAACCUAGAACGGGUGACCUGGCAUUCGCCAUGUGAAGUGCUUCAGCGAGUCAGUGAGUCUGAGGCUGUGCAUCCUAUAAAAAAUUGGAUGGAUCUGAAACGACGUGUCGGCCCUUACAAGAGAUGUUACUUUUUUUCUCACUGUUCAACCCCCGAGGAGCCCCUCAUAAUUUUGCAUGUGGCACUGCUCAGUGAGAUCCCCAGCAACAUGCAGGCGAUAAUGAAGGACUAUCCUCCGUCGGAAACGGAGGAGAAGAACAAAAUCGCCGCCGCCAUCUUCUAUUCCCUCAGUCUGGCCCAGCAAGGACUGCAGGGGGUGGAGCUGGGGUCCUUUCUCAUAAAGCGAGUGGUGAAGGAGCUGCAGAAAGAGUUUCCUCACGUUGGGACAUUUUCAAGCCUGUCUCCUAUACCUGGAUUCACCAAAUGGCUUCUGGGGCUCCUGAAAUCGCAAGCGAAGGAGCACGGGAGGAAUGAACUAUUCACAGAUUCUGAAAGCAAAGAAAUCUCAGAGAUCACAGGCGGUCCCGUGAAUGAGACCCUCAAGGUCAUUCUCAGCAGCAACGAAUGGAUAAAGUCUGAAACGCUGGUCAGGGUGCUGCAGGGCCCCCUGAUGAGGCUCUGUGCCUGGUACCUGUACGGAGAGAAACACCGGGGCUACGCCCUGAACCCCGCGGCACACUUCCACCUGCAAAAUGGGGCUGUGAUGUGGCGCAUCAACUGGAUGGCCGAUGUCAGCCUCAAGGGCAUCACUGGCUCAUGUGGCCUGAUGGUCAACUACCGAUACUUCCUGGAGGAAACGGCCACCAACAGCACCAGCUACCUCAGCUCAAAGAACAUCAAAGCUUCCGAGCAGGUCCUCAGCCUGGUGGCCCAGUUCCAGAAGAACAGCAAACUUUAAACCUUUCCUAAAGCAGAUGUCCCCGGCUCAGAAAAGGAUGAUUUUCUGGAAGAGUCAGGGGGUUAUGUAUCAAAAGGAGCUCUUUUAGUAAAUCAAAGUUUCACUGUGUCCUCUCACCCGCAGUAGGGUCACACUGGGAAGCGGGACUUUGACCUUCACUGCGGGAGGAAAGUUAUAAUACCUGAGUGCAAGGCACUGUGGGUAAAGCUGGACAUGGCUGGAAGGAGACGCCGUGUUCUCUCCAGGAGAACCUGCCGUUGCCUUUGGCCUGGCUUCCUGCCCACGGUUGGUGCCAUGGCACCUCCAUCUUCAGCAAGCCCUGGAGCCUCUGCUCUAGCCAUCACUCUCCACUCGUUGCAGAGGGAUAGAGGGCUAUGCUACAUUUUACUAGUUGUGUUUCAGAGAACACAAAAGGUGUUGCUGCUUAGGGCUUCGAUUUGAUUAUAGACUAAAUUUUCAGUGAUUCAAGUUCAUAAUGAAAAUAAUGGUAAAGAACAAGUUUGUUCUGUAAAGCAUUAAAAACAUGGUUAUUUAAGAU